GUAGCAAGAGCAAGCAACGCGUCCAGAAGUGAGGUGUCUAUUUCUGCCGUAGAUGGUAUCGAAUCAAGUAGAAAGUUGAAAACUGCUAAUAUAUGGUUGAAAAUUGUGAUUAGAAUGAAUGGAACAGCAUAUUCAAACUUUGACAAUCAAGAGCACGUUCUCAAACUAGGCGAAACCUUUGAGAAACAACCUAAAAGUGCAUUUCACACGGUACGAUAUGAUUUUAAACCAGCCUCCAUAGAUACAACAUGUGAGGGGGAUCUGGAAGUGGGCAAAGGAGAGCAAGUUACAAUCACACUACCGAACUUGGAGGGAUCCACAGCACCUGUUACUGUGUUUAAAGGUUCUAAAAGGCCUUAUAUGAAAGAAUGUAUUCUCAUUGUUAACCAUGACACAGGAGAGUAUCGUCUGGAGAAACUCAGCAGUAACAUCGCGGUCAAGAAGACCAGGGCUGAGGGAAGCAGUAAGGUUCAGUCACGGCUGGAGCAGCAAACCAGCAGGCUCAGUCAGCAGAUGAAGACAGGCAGUGGAAGCAAGGCUCCCUCCAGCACCAAGAGCUCUCCUCCUAAGGAGAAAAUGUCUCCAUCAUCUCCCAUGGAUGAUAUUGAGCGAGAGCUCAUGGCCGAGGCGCGUGACAUGGAGCAGAUGAGCAGUGGAGACAGCUCCUCAGAUUCCCACAGUUCCUCCUCAUCCAGUAGUGGGGACAGUUCCAGCAGCGACUCCGAGGACGAGAGUCGCCCUCCGCAUAAUACGCCCCCAGUCCCCCCACAGAGCACCUCUGCCCUCAACACAUCUCAAAGCCGCGUGGAAGAGAGCAGCGGGCAUUUCAUGAACACGCUCAAAAAUGAUCUCCAGUUGAGUGAGUCUGGGAGUGAAAGUGACGAUGACUGAUUGCAAAGACGUGUUGGACAUCUGAUGCUGAAAGAGUGUCAUGUUUUCAGGAAGUACAGUAUCUGUUCACUAGUUAAAAUUUUAUGUGAAACCUGAAUCCAAAUCACUAUCCCUAUCAACUUUUUAGUUAUGAAAUCUUUUCUUUCCCCUAGUUUCUUAGUAAUACUUGCAUCAGCACAAGCUGUCAUUGGACACAAAGCUGGGGGGUUUGCUUUAUUAGUAAAUUAAGAAAAGGUAUUUAUUUUGUUAAGAAUGCUACUGCAUAGAUGUUAGUUUUAUAGGAAUGUCCUAUAGAUGCUUCCUCAAAGGUUAUAGAAAUAUAUCUAUUUCUGAGAUAACUGUUUAGAAAGAUCACCAUGGUCAUGUUAUAAUAUAUAUAUUUUUUUGAAGCUUAACAUUCUCAAGCACAUGUGAAUCAGCAGAAUAUUAUUAGGAAUCUUAAGGAGCAUGAGUGCAUUAAUGUGCCAAGCUCAGUCUCAGUAAUCUCAGAUACACAUUACCCGACCUGCAAUACUUGAAUUUUUUUCUUUGAUGAUUCGGAGAGAUUUGUUCAUAACACACUGUGCCUUGUAUAUAAGGUGUAUUUUGAAUAUCCAUCCCAUUCUCUUGCAUUGAAGUUUACCCAUUGUUUUAAAUUCCUGCUUGGAUUCCUUAAGAUGUAAUCUCCAUUUCGAUGUAGAAGCCUAUGUGUCGUGUGUCUUACUGUACGCCUCUGGCAGGCCCAAAAGCAACACUCUUCACUCUUUAUCCAGCCCUUCUUGAGCACUAAUUGCAAAAUAUGACGUGCCAUCCUAUGUAUUAUACUAUAGUAAGGUUGACUGAUGUGGUAAAUGUAGUUCUGUGGGAGGUGUUUGAUCAUUAAAAUUGUGUAUAGACAAAGACUUGUUUUCGCGAUG